CUGGAAAUGGCGGCGUCGAGCGGGAGGUCUCAGUCUUCCCUGCACAGGAAGGGGCUGAUGGCGGCUGACAGGAGGAGCAGGAUUUUGGCAGUGUGUGGAAUGCAUCCUGACCAUCAGGAAACUCUGAAAAAGAAUCGAGUGGUGCUGGCCAAACAGCUGCUGCUGAGCGAACUGUUAGAACAUCUCCUAGAAAAGGACAUUAUCACUUUGGAAAUGAGGGAGCUAAUCCAGGCCAAAGGGGGCAGUUUCAGCCAGAAUGUGGAACUCCUCAACCUGCUGCCAAAGAGAGGACCCCAGGCUUUUGAUGCCUUCUGUGAAGCCCUGCGGGAGACCAGGCAGGGUCACUUGGAAGACUUACUGCUCACAACCCUCUCUGAUAUCCAGCACAUACUCCCACCGUUGAGCUGUGACUAUGACUCAAGUCUCCCCUUCUCGGUGUGUGAGUCCUGCCCUCCUCACAAGCAGUCCCGCCUAUCCACAGAUACUAUGGAACACUCCUUAGAUAAUGGUGAUGGUCCUCCCUGUCUUCAGGUGAAGCCAUGCACUCCUGAGUUUUACCAGGCACACUACCAGCUGGCCUAUAGGUUGCAGUCUCAGCCUCGUGGCUUGGCACUGGUGAUGAGUAAUGUGCACUUUACUGGAGAGAAAGACCUGGAAUUUCGCUCCGGAGGGGAUGUGGACCACACUACUCUAGUCACCCUCUUCAAGCUUUUGGGCUACAAUGUCCAUGUGCUGUAUGACCAGACUGCACAGGAAAUGCAAGAGAAACUUCAGAAUUUUGCACAGUUACCUGCACACCGGGUCACAGACUCCUGCAUAGUAGCACUCCUCUCACAUGGUGUGGAAGGUGGCAUCUACGGGGUGGAUGGCAAACUGCUUCAGCUCCAAGAGGUUUUUCGACUUUUUGACAAUGCUAACUGUCCAAGUCUACAGAACAAACCAAAAAUGUUCUUCAUCCAAGCAUGUCGUGGAGAUGAGACAGAUAGAGGGGUUGACCAGCAAGAUGGAAAGAACCAUGCACAAUCCCCUGGAUGUGAGGAGAGUGAUGCUGGCAAGGAGGAAUUAAUGAAGAUGAGACUUCCUACUCGCUCAGACAUGAUAUGUGGCUAUGCUUGCCUUAAAGGCAAUGCUGCCAUGCGGAAUACCAAACGGGGUUCCUGGUACAUUGAGGCCCUCACUCAGGUGUUCUCUGAGAGAGCUUGUGACAUGCACGUGGCCGACAUGCUUGUUAAGGUGAAUGCCCUUAUCAAGGAGCGUGAAGGCUAUGCCCCUGGUACAGAAUUCCACCGAUGCAAGGAGAUGUCUGAGUACUGUAGUACUCUGUGCCAGCAGCUCUACCUGUUCCCAGGCUACCCACCCACGUGAUGCCACCUGCUAGUCAUGCUGUUGGAGGCCACUGGACCACGGGGCACAAUGGAGACUUCUCUUCAAGAUGUUUUUGUUCUGUCUACUCCCUCAGGGAUAUGAGAUUCUCCCAAGCUUGUUUCCUGUCAGCCAUCUCCGUCUUUGGGGGUGAAACUUGAGGACAGCUCCUCUGGUGUGGUGUUCUCUUCCUGUAGAGCCAGCUAUGAAUGGAUCUGUUGCCAGAAGCAUUUUGGCUAUAGCCAAUGAGACUAGAAAAUGACAUUGUGAACACAGUAUUAUUGUGGGGAGAGGGCAUACGGAUUUCUCAAUGUUUGUGAUAUUUUUGUUCCCAGGGCUCUUAGGGAUACUUUGAUUAUUGCUUUUUUAUAUCAGUUAAGGACUUUCAGAUAUCAUCUCCUACUUUUUUUUUCAUAUCUGCAACCUCAUUUUUUCCAUAGUGAAGAUUUGGAAAAUGUCCCAAUUUAAUGCAGUUGUUGUCAUCUGUCAUGAAGCGGCAGGUGAGACCCUGCUACUUGAGCAGAAGUUUCAGACCUUUGAGUUCAGGCCUUAGGUGAAGGACAGUCCCUCAGCCUUUCCAUUGGUUUCUUUGUGUUCAUUGUACCCAGCUUUUGAGCAGAGCCUGGGGUCUGCUUGCUGUGACACUGGAAGUUAUAUACGUUUCCCUGGUUAUGAAUUGUCACUGAAAUGAACCUUAUUGGGCAUAUCAACAUAAAAAUGCAGUGACAGGUGAGUGUGCUGUGUCUCAUACUGUCACUUGUCACCAGGAUAUCUCUCCUUCCUUACUGUGGUUUCUGCUGUGCAGUUAAACUACUUGAUGGCUGACCUCCAAGAACCCUCUUGCUUUGCAUUGGUUCCCCUCCUUGACCCAUUCACUGCUUCUGCCACGUCUGUGAAAUCUUCCUUUGUAGAAUGUUUCUGGCCACUUAAGCAGUACUGCUUCAGCAUAAGGUUUCUUCGGUUUUCUGCGGCAGUGUCUCCAUUCUCACUGUUUCUCUGUUUUAGUGAGGAUAGUACUAUAGGUGAUAUAACCUAGAAGCACUUAUCUCUGCUCUUAUGAAACUUUCUUAUUCUUAAAAACCUUUUGCAUUUCCAUUUUUUUCCUCUUUUCCAGUUUAUUCUCCACAUGACAGAGUAGUUUUGUUUUUUUUUUAAUAUCUGGUGAUGUCACUCCCUUGUUAAGAACAUUAGCUUCCUGUUACACCUCAUCUAAAAUUCAAAUUCUUACCCAGUUUAUGAGAUCCGGCUUUUACGUUCCCUUUGGAUCUCAUUAGAUGGUGAUUUCUCUCUGUGUUCAGCCCCUCAGUUCCUCAGCUCAGUGUUGCAAGUGUUCUGAGCUCUUCUUUAAGAUAGUCUCUGAUUCUUGAGUCUGGCGGAGGCCUCUUGACCGUGAUGUUGAUGAAGUAAGUCUUCUGUACCUCCUUAGGAUGGCAUCAUGUUGGUCCUUGUGCUUACUGCAGGUUGUAAUGGCACAUUUCACUUGCUCCCUCCAAAGCUGAAGGCUCCAAGAGAGCAGGACUGUACUCCUUACUUAUUGGCUAUUCAGUACGGCACUUACUAGGUCUUCAAUGAAUGUUUCCUGAGUAAAGGAAGGAGACAAGCAGCUAACUUUAGUUAGAGCCUAUCUUUUGCGAUUUCUAAAUUGCUAUUAUAGUACUCAGUUUAAUUAGUAUUUGUACUCUUGUGGGGGUUUUUUUCCAGGUGUUUUAUUUUUAUCCACUGUUUUGUUGUUUUUUUACAUUGUUUGAAGAUGUAUCACGUGUGAGACAACUUCUUUCACAUCUCCAUGGUGCCCCGCAAAUUUGAGGCCUAUGGUAGUUGAGGUGCUCAAUUAAUGUUUGUCGUAUGAACCAGGUGGUUUGAAGACUUGCUGCCAAAUUCUGCCUUUGGGUCAGUAUAGGAUGCAUGAGUGGUAGACUCUUCACACUUCCCACUGCCAAGAUUUUGUAUUGCCAUCAGGUGCCAAAUAAAUGUCGAUACUUACUACUGA